AUGUCGUACAACCAGUACCCCAACUACGGGCAGCAGGGCUACGGUCCUCCCCCGGGUGGCCCGCCUCCUCAGCAGUAUGCUUACGGCCAACCUCCCCCGCCGGGUCCGCACGGCGCAUACGGCCAUCCACCACCGCCGCAACAGUACCCUCCUCCGGGCGGGCAUUAUCCCCCGCCACCGCAGCACGGCGCCUACGGGCAGCCGCCUCCCCCGCAUGGCAGCCCGUAUCCUCCACAGGGCGGACACUAUCCACCGCCGGCCCAGCCUUACGGCGGGCACUCACCUCAGCCGCCAUAUGGCGCCCCUCCCCCAGGACCUCCCCCUCCGCAGGGUCACUAUGGUGCCCCCCAAGGCGGCUACGCUGCACCUGUGCCACACUACGCCGGACCUCCUACGCAACCAAGUCUCGGAUACGGCCCUCCGCAGAUCAUUCAGUGGGACGCCAGUCCUGACGCGCAGGCCCUUCGAAGUGCGAUGAAAGGCUUCGGCACAGACGAAAAGACUCUCAUCCGUGUUCUCGCCAACAAGGAUCCGCUGCAGAUCGAGGCCCUCAAGUCCACAUACUUCCGCAACUUCAGUCGCAGCCUAGAGAAGGAUGUGAUUUCAGAGACGCGAGGUUGGUUCGAAAAGGGCCUCGUAGCACUGAUUCAGGGCCCGUUGCUGCACGACUGCCACUCCCUAUACAACGCCAUGAGUGGACCAGGAACCAAGGAGAAAGUCAUGAACGACGUCUUGCUCAGUCGGUCAAAUGCAGAUAUGCGAGCUAUCAAGAGCAAGUACCAGCAGACGUUUGGCAGGUCACUCGAGGACGAUGUAAAGGGGGACCUGAGCAUGAAGACGGAGCAGCAUUUUGUGAUUGUUCUCGGUGCAACCCGUGCCGAGGACAACGCACCCGUCAUUCCUCAUGAUAUUGACCGAGACGUCAUGGACCUCUACCGUGCCGGCGAGGGCAAGAUUGGCACUCACGAGAUGAUUUUCUGCUCCAUUCUCAGUUCACGCAACGACAACCAGAUACGCGCCAUUGCCCAUGCCUAUCAACAAAAGUUUGGAAAGAGCCUCGCAGAGGUAAUCCGCAAGGAGUUCAAUGGUCACAUGAAGGAUGCACUAUUAUAUCAGCUCAACCACGCCGCUGAUAAAUAUAUGCAUGCGGCGGCCAUGCUAGAAGAUGCUAUGGCGGGACUGGGUACCAAGGACCAUCUCCUCGUCGGCCGCAUCGUCAAGUACCAUUGGGACCGCACUGAUAUCGCGAAUAUCAAGGGCGCAUUCCAACACCGAUAUAAGACGUCCUUGGCCAAACGGAUCAAGGGCGAAACGAGUGGGGAUUACGAGCGGUUGAUGUUGGCUUGCAUCGGGGAGCCCAUCUAA